AUGGAUGAUAUUGAUAUAGCUAUCCUUGAGCUCACCAUCUUCGCGAUGUUCAUGAUCAUAUGUUGUUGCUGUUGCUGUCGUACUGGUCCCGUUGAGGUACCUCCCCAGUUAAUCGACAAAACUCCACAGACUCAACAAGACAUUGAAACCGGACAGAUAAAGGGCAUACUGUUCAAAGAUAUCAAAGAGAAAGAAGAAGAAGAAGGGUGUGGUAAACGUUGUUGUCCAAUUUGUUUGGAAGAGUACGAGGAUGAUCAUGAGAUUAGGCGUUUGGAGAAGUGUAGACAUGUUUUUCAUCGUUUUUGCAUUGAUUCUUGGCUUCAACAGAAACAAAACUGUCCAAGUUGUCGUCGUUCUGUUUGA